UUUGCGACAACACAGAACUCGGUGACUUAAUACGAGACAGUUGGAACGGCACGCUCAAAUGGUGUAAUGUAAUUAUGGCAUGGAUUUAAGAAAUGCAUGGCAAAAAAGUGCAGAACGAGCUAUGCUUUGAUAUCGAACGUUGUUGUUGCAAACGGACGAAGACGGAAAGCGAAACUCGAAACUACGCCACAGAGCACUUCCCUGUGUGAUACAGUAGGGAGGUAAAGUUAUACCAUUGUAAGAUGGAUCCGAAUGAAACUGAGGCCAAGGGAGAAACAACUGGUCGUCCCCGAAGAAGGACUCAGUCUCUAAAGAAGUAUGGCGUUGUUGUGGAACCACCCAAGGAUGAUGCUGUGUUCUAUGUCACAGACGAUACAUAUGGCUUUCUGGCUCAGGGACGAGAUUUUGAGCCGGCUUAUGUCAACCACAAGUACACCGAGAAAGAAAGAGAAACACUGGCGACAUUUGAAAGUCUGGAUUACCUCCCUUCACACAGUGAAGCCUUUAAAUACUGGACAAAACGUCAGAAAAGCUCUAGGUUUGACAUGGAUCGCUGGGUCAUGAUGGGUCUGAUUGGUUUCUCUGUUGGUUUAAUUGGUUUUUUGCUGCAUCAGCUGAUAGAGAAGGUCGCUGACAUCAAGUGGGAAAUGACAGAAGAUUUCAUACAGGAAGGUCGACUGGUAGUAGCCUGGAUCUGGUCUCUAGGUUACACGCUUCUGUUUGUCAUGGCAGGAACUGCCUCUGUGGUGCUCCUGCGACCAAGCGCUGGAGGCUCCGGCAUCCCGGAGGUGAUAGGCUUCCUUAAUGGUACAGUCAUCCGCCAUAUCUUCAACGUGAAGACCAUGGUGAUAAAGUUCUUGUCGUGUGUGUGCGCUGUAGGCUCAGGCAUGCCUGUGGGACCAGAAGGACCUAUGAUACACCUGGGGAGUCUGGUGGGAGCAGGGUUAAGCCAGUUCAGAUCGGACACUCUCAAAAUAAAACUACCUUUUUUUGAGAGGUUCAGGAAUCCAGAAGAUAGGAGGAACUUUGUGUCUGCUGGGGCUGCAGCGGGUGUAGCCUCUGCUUUCGGGGCACCUGUUGGGGGCUUACUCUUCUCCAUGGAGGAGGUCUCAUCUUUUUGGAACAUCAAACUCUCAUGGCAGAUCUUUUUUGCCUGUAUGGUUUCCACAUUCACCACUGACCUUUUCAACUCUGCCUUCUCUGGCUUCAGAUACACUGGGAAUUUCGGACAGUUCAAAAAAGAAAGAUAUAUUUUAUUCAGUAUAUCUGAGGGUAUAGAUGUGAACAUCCUCAUGUUUCUGCCUACUUUUGUCAUAGGCAUUGUGGGAGGCAUACUAGGGGCACUCUUCACUUUCCUCAACCUUAAAUUUGCCCGCGUGAGGAAGAGGUUAUUGGCCACUGUACAGAGGGUCUGGGUGCAGAAACUUGCGAGAAUGGUGGAACCUGUUAUAGUGAUGGUACUGGUUACUACAGUGUCUGUGUUUCUACCUGCCGCCUUCAGCUGUUCUCGCUUCACCUGUAUUCAGGGUGUCACAGGUAACAUCAGUACAGACUGUCUGAACGAUACUAGGAACCCCCUACAUGUGGAAGAGUCUGUUUACUACUUCUCCUGUCCCAAAGGCCUGAAGAGACAAAUCAGUGAGACAACAUGGAAGACCAAUGGAUCAUAUAAUGAGUUGGCUACACUACUUUUUGGCACAAGUGAAGAGGCUGUGAAGCACCUGUUUUCACGGAACACCCACCUGGAGUUUGGCUACGCCUCUCUGUUCACUGUCCUGCCUUUCUACUUCCUCAUGGUCUGCUGGGCGUCAGGUACCUCUGUCUCCUGUGGCAUCCUAGUGCCCAUGCUGUAUAUUGGAGCUCUGUAUGGCCGUAUCAUUGGUCAGGUUCUAGUCACACUUUUCUCUGUACACUCUGAGGAUUCUGGGUACUGGGCAUGGAUGGACCCAGGAGCAUUUGCUCUAAUCGGUGCUGCAUCAUUUUUUGGGGGAGUAUCAAGGCUAACAUUAGCUGUUACUGUUAUUAUGAUGGAGCUGACAAAUGAUGUUCAGUUUCUCUUGCCCAUCAUGGUGUCUGUGAUGGUGUCCAAGUGGGUGGGCGACUUCUUCACUCACCCUCUCUACCAUGCCUUACUGGAGCUGAAGUGCAUACCCUUCCUGGACCAGGACCCUACCAAUAUUGUCAUAAACAAGAAACAAACGGUAAGCCUAGAGCUUUUCACGGCGCGAGAUGUGAUGGCCUCCCCUGUCUGCACAGUCACACCUGUAGAGAAGGUGGCAACUCUGGCUCACUACCUGAUGACCACAAACCAUGGGGGAUUCCCUGUCAUCCAGCACACUCGUCAGGGAGAUGAGGUGUUCUACGGGCUGAUCACCAGACUGGAGGUGACUGUGUUGCUUAUGAAUGAAGACCUGUUUAUUCCCGAACCCUCAGGUGACUUGGAUCUACACAGCAGGGACAUCACAGAUAUCGAUUAUCAUCAGUUGACAAUAGACAAACUGUCAGACCCUGACAGAGUGAGUGCUGCCCUGGAGAAGUACUCACAGGACGAGGAGUAUCAAAACUUGUACAUCAAUCUAAAACCGUACAUCAACCAGUCAGCUCUGUGUGUACCAGAGAAGUUCUCGCUGCACAGAACCUACAUCAUUUUCCGUAGCUUGGGCCUUCGUCACCUGACCGUAGUGAAUGACCAUAACCAUGUGCUGGGGAUCAUCACCAGGAAAGACCUGAUGGGCUACAACAUUGAGGAGAAACUCACCUCUGUGAUGGGCUCUCGUCUGAAUUACACAGGUGCUGAGAGGUCAGAGGUCGAGCUAGAGAGUCCCACGGCUGACCGACCAAUGGCAGCAGUUCUCUGAGGACAAAAUGCUGACAAACAUUUAUUUCACAUUGAGUGUAUGUUACCAUGGUUAUGUAGAUUUCCAUCAUUCCUCCAUCU